CGGUCUGUGUCACCAGGCAUUCGCACUACAGGAGCAUGGUGCUUUAUACGAAAGGUUCAUCAGUUCGCUAUUGCACCACGAACCUCCUAUAAACAACAACAGUAGUUCAUAGCAGGGGCAAAGGAGAUCAAGACACCCAUAGAAGACCGAUACCUAGCCGUGAGCGAGGAGAUACCCAGCUAGAAACAGAAGCUAGUUUAGCAUGUAUGCCAUGCGGUGAAACAACGGGUUUUGCUGUGAAAGGAAAAGCUUCCAGAAUCCACUGAGCCACACACAACACAAGGACAAACGCCGGGGCUCCAUCCGUACUCCGCCGAGCGGGGAGGCAGGCUCCAGUUUCCUCUGAGAAGAAGAGUGUUCCCUGGAGAUGUCUCGGCACCACAACCCCUUUGAGAGAGAUUAUCGCAGUGGGUGGGAUCGCAGGGAACGGUGUGUGGCCAUAAACAACGGGAUCAACAGCAACUGUAACAGCACCAGCAACUGCAGCAGCAUCAACAGCAAUAACCGGCCUGGUCUGCUGCCAUUGCCAGUCAUCCCCUCUCUGCUCCCCACCCCAGCAGCUAUCGCCUGCACCACAGCGAGUAAUGACCUGGGAGCCAACCGCAUGGUCAGCUCUUCCACCACUGCUGCUGCUAAGAUUUCUGGUAUAUCGCCAGGUGAAAAACAGUCACAAGGGCAGAUUCUUCCUCCAAAUGUGAGGUGGGGACAAACCCCCAUUAACCAGUGCACACCGUGGGAGACUGAUGAACCUCCUGCAAAACAGAUAAGGGAGAAUGAAGGCACAGGUUCUGCACCGUGGGUUCCACCAGCAGCAGUCGUCAGCCAGGCAAACCUUUUAGCUCACACUUACGGAAUGCCACAGCCUCCAGCUUACAGCCAAGCGGUGAAUGUCCAGGCACCUGUAAUGGGAGUUACACCCACUAUGCAAACUCCUGUCCCCCCACAACACCAACUAAUGACAGCACAUUACCAGCUCCCACAACAACCUUCACAGCCUCUCACUAACAUGGUCAUGAACAUGCAAAGUCAGCCUCUUUACACGAACAGUCAUCCACCAAUCACCAUGUCCCCUAUGACUGGGGUUUGUCAGGUGACCCACCCUGUUCACACUGUAGUAGGGAAUGGUCACAUGACUCGCCCUAUGCUACAGCCUCCGCCUCUGCCCAGUAACCCACCAGUGACCAAUGGGCAGACUGUCCCCCAACCACCUCCCAACCCUCCAGUCAAUCAGGAGAACGCAAACGGGUUGCAGAUGCUAAGGACAGUUGGCAUGGGAAAGUACGAGUUUACAGAUCCCUGGCACCCUAAAGAAAUGUUGAAGGAGCUGAACCAGCAGCGCAGAGCGAAAGAGUUUACAGACCUGAAAAUUAUUGUUGAAGGCAAAGAGUUUGAAGUCCACCAAAAUGUUCUAGCUUCCUGCAGUUUGUAUUUCAAGGACCUGGUUAAAAGGUCAUCCAGUGAGAGCCGGAGCGGUGAGAUGUUAGAGCUGACAAUGGGCAACAUAGACGCUGACGUUCUGGAACUUCUGCUGGAGUUUGUUUACACAGGCUCCCUGAUCAUAGACUCGGCCAACGCCAAAACUCUGCUGGAAGCAGCCAAUAAAUUUCAGUUCAAUACUUUCUGCAAAGUCUGUGUGUCUUUCUUAGAAAAACAGUUGACUGCGAGUAACUGCCUUGGAGUGUUAGCCAUGGCCGAGGCGAUGCAGUGCACUGAACUGCAUAACAUGGCUAAAGCCUUUGCCCUGCAGAACUUUCCAGAAGUCGCAAGCCAGGAGGAGAUCCUCGGUAUCUCCAAGGAGGAUUUCAUCAGCUACAUGUCAAAUGACAGCCUCAACACCAAAGCAGAGGAGCUGGUGUAUGAAACAGUGAUAAAAUGGAUUAAGAAAGAUCCUGUAAACAGAGUUCAGCACGCGUCAGAGUUGCUGGCCGUGGUGCGUUUGCCUUUCAUCCACCCCAGUUACCUGUUAAACAUUGUUGAUAAUGAGGAGUUGAUAAAGUCUUCAGAGGCCUGUCGAGACCUGGUUAACGAAGCGAAGCGCUAUCACAUGCUGCCACACGCUCGGCAGGAGAUGCAGACGCCAAGGACUAGACCUCGGCUAUCAGCAGGUGUAGCAGAGGUGAUCGUCCUUGUUGGAGGCCGACAGAUAAUUGGAAUGAACCAGCGAGCCCUGACUGCCGUCACAUGUUUCAAUCCACAGAACAACAAGUGGUACCCGCUGGCCCGCCUGCCCUUCUAUGACCGUGAGUUCUUCAGUGUCAUCUCUGCUGGGGACAAUAUCUAUCUGUCAGGUGGAAUGGAGUCUGGUGUCACAGUCUCUGAUGUCUGGUGCUACAUGUCGCUACUUGAUAACUGGAACCUCGUGUCUCGGAUGACAGUCCCCCGCUGCCGACACAACAGCCUGGUGUAUGAUGGGAAGCUGUACACCAUCGGGGGACUGGGUGUAGCUGGAAACCUUGAUCAUGUUGAAAGGUAUGAUACCAUAACCAACCUAUGGGAGACUGUUUCACCCCUCCCUAAGCCAGUGCACGCAGCAGCUGCCACAGUGUGUGGAGGAAAAAUCUAUGUGUUUGGUGGGGUGAACGAUGCAGGACGACCUGCAGGGGUUUUGCAGUCAUAUGUUCCUCAGACCAACACCUGGAGUUUCAUAGAGUCUCCCAUGAUAGAUAACAGGUAUGCACCUGCUGUUACCCUCAAUGGAUUAAUCUUCAUCCUUGGAGGAGCUUAUGCCAGAGCCACCACCAUCUAUGAUCCAGACAAAGGAAAUAUCAAAGCAGGCCCCAACAUGAACCACUCCAGGCAGUUCUGCAGUGCUGUCAUUCUGGAUGGCAAGAUCCAUGCCACGGGUGGAAUCGUCAGCAGUGAAGGUCCAGUGCUGGGGAACAUGGAAACAUUCGACCCUUGUACGAACAUCUGGACACUCUUGCAAAACAUGCCAUGCCCUCUGUUCAGGCAUGGCUGCGUAGUUAUAAAAAAAUACAUUCAGAGUGGUUGAUGGUAUAGGACACAAGGAUCUCUUGUAGCAGUGCAUAUGUAAAAACCCAGAAUUGCUUUUUGGAAUACUUGUCUACAUUGAAUGUAGACGUUCGUCCUUGCCGUUCAGUGAAACAGGGGCGAGAUCCCGUCUGUAACAUAGAGUAACUUAUUGAAUCUACAAGUGUGCCACAAAGUGUUAUAGUGGUACUUGUUGUUAAGCUAUGCUGUCAGUUUGAUUCAGCUGUGUUGGGUUUCUUAUCUAUUCCUCAUGUAGAGCAAGAUCUGUAGACUUAAAUCUCAUGCAGUUCUGUUUUACAAUUUAACAGUUUUGAGCGCUAGCUAUUGUUUUUUACCCCCCAACAAGAGAAAUAUCUUACUUUAGUGUUGACCCAGAAGAGAAGCUCUGUCCCUUUUGCUAAUCAUACCCAGAUACAAGUGGUAGUGCAAUUCUGUCAUAAGCAUUUCCUUCACAGGUGAACACUCAUAAAUCAGGGCAUAUUGAACAAGAGUGGCCCCUUUCUGAGUUUUGGGGACUGUGCACUCUGGUCUGGGUACAGAUACCUGCUCCAUGUGACAGAGUCCCUGUUGAAUGUGGUUUUUGAAGUGAUGAACUAUGGUAGGGGGUUGGAGGAGUGGAAAUGCACCUCAGAAUCCACAGCUCCUGCCAUGACCAGAGCAUAUAUAUAAUUUUUUUUUUUUUUUAUUUAACCAAGCCUAUGUAAGCAAAGGGAUGUGUCUAGUGUAAGUUUUUUUUUGCAAUUGUUAUUUAUUUGUUUUUUUUUAAAUCUGCAAAAUCUGUACCUAAUGAAGAAAAAAAAAAAGGUAAAAUGUCAAGGUGUUAUAAAGUUCUGAAACUAUGUACAGUAGUAAUGUAUAUAAAAGUAUAAGGAAACUAUGCUUUGUAAAAAACAUAAUGGGAGAUGUUCUUCUGUACUGGUCCAUGUGUACAGUAUACCGUAGUUUAGGAGACACGUCAUAUCAUAUACGUCUAUGACCACCUUGAUUAUGGUAUUGUCAACAUUCUCAAAUGGCCGCACUGUGUACUAUCGGCAGCCCAAAGAAUUCGACCUGUUCUCCUAGCAGUCCUGUGCUGUAGGGUUUUGUUUUUGCGGUGUUUUCCAGAGUGCCACAGCACAGAUAUUCAUCAGCCACAAGGUUUAAUGCUCCUGUAGUAUCAGGGUCUGAAAAGACUAUAAAAGCUCACUUUUCUAUUUGCAACAGAAAUAUUUUUUAAGAAUUUAUACCCAAAUU